UGACGUAUUCAAGGUUGACUAAACAUUGGUACAUUAUCUUGUGUAAUGCGCGAUAAAGUAAAUGCAACUAAACUAAUAUUUCAAAAAUCAAAAAAUGCCGAGGCGAAAGUUUAAAAUAUUGUAUUCUUUUGAAGUUUCAAAUUAAAUGUAUCAUUUUUAAUCCAAUAUCAAGUUACGUCUAAUAACAUCAUAUUUCUAUUUUCAUAACAACUUGAAUGAAAUGUCCUUGUAUAAUAUUAAAAUACCAUUGUAUAUAAAUAGAUAUUUGUAUUGCUAAGUUUUGAAAAUUUACAAAUUAUUUAUAAAUUUCUGCACAUAAAACUCUACAUCAGUCUGCACAAUUAAUUUUGUGUGAUCUGGUGCAGAUGGCGAGAAUAUCGUAAAUAUCAUGGAAACUGAAUUGAUAAAUAUAACCACAAAAUAUGUUAGUCUACGCGUAAUUUGACUUGGAUUUGUUAAUUAUAUGUAAAAGUUGUAGUAUCGUGAAGACAAAUAGUUCGAAGGAUGAGUUACAUUAUAGUAAUACGAAGCUAUAGGCCCGGUGAUGAAAUCAGUUGCAAAGAAAUAGUAAAGGCCAGCGUGAUGUCAACUUUAAAUGCAACAUUUAUUGGAAUUGCACUCAAGGAGCUAACAUUCCAAUUGAUGAUACUUUUUGCUGCUAUUAUGUUCAUCUUCUUUGGAUUACCCUUUUCAGUUUGCCUUUUAGUUGUUCCUAUUGUUAUUGUUCUUGUGUACAUUGGAACUUACAUAGGUUUCACUACGAAAGCUAUGGAAGUCAAUGAAGAAGUUUCUAAUAUACCAAGGAUUUUCAUGUCAAAUGCAUUUUCCUGUUUUUGGGUUGCCGAAGCAUUUGAACCUUAUCUAAUGACAGAAAAUCCCAAGAAUGUACAUUAUACCAUAUUGACAGAGCAACAAUUCCGUGAUUCGAAUAUUGAUAUUUCGUCUCAGGUUAAGAAGAUUGUAGGUACCAUUGCCUUAUGUAAGAGUCAUAGGUUAGACAAAGGUGCAUGGAUUAAAAGAUUAUAUGUACAUCGACAAUACAUGAGGAAAGGAAUAGCAUCUUGUCUUAUUAAUGUUGCUGUACAGUUUGCUAUUGAUCAAGGAUAUAGUUGUGCCAAUACUGUUGCUUCAGAAUAUACAGAAGGUGGAAGGGAAUUAUGUUUUAAAAAAGGUUUUGAAUUGCAACAAAUGUAUCAUAAACCUAUUCUGGGUUCGCUUGUAACUGUAUUGAUGUAUGAGUUGACAUAUCAAAUUAAGCCUGGUGAAGAUGAUUAUGUGCCUGCUGCUUACAGCAAAGUAAUGCUCAAUAAUUAAAUAUU